GUUAAACUAAGAAGUCUUUUAUAUUUCAUUCUUUAUGGUUUUCGGUUUUGUUUUUCAGUCUCUUCAAAAUUUGUUAAGGUCGGUAAAAUCUACGAUUAUGGGGGAUUCCAGCAAUAAGACAGAUUCAAUUGCUAAUGUAAUCGUACCCCCGAUACCAAAAUUAGGCGAUGCGCAUAUGUACUGGAUGUGGCGAAUGCUAAUUAAAGCUUAUUUGUCAGCGAUUGGACUUUGGAACAAAAACCUUCCUAAAGAGUGCGCCCACACAAAGUUUGUUAUUCUUAGCACCUUAGAAGUGUGGGUUUUAAGAAAGGAGUAUGAGGACAUGACGUGCAGAUCUAUUUUCGAAGAUCUAGAAUCACGCUACCGUUCCACUGCGAUCCAAAGACGAUCAGAAGAAUGCUUCAUAUAAAACCGAUAAGAUCAAGUAUUUAAAUUGAAUAUCUUGCAUAGAAACUGUAUUGAAACAAACUUUUUUUCUUCUUAAUUACUAAGAAAUGUUAAAAAUAAAAAAGCCGCGUAAAAA